AUGGCGGCUGGAUUCAAAACUGCUGAACCAUUGGAGUAUCAUAGAAGUUUUUUGAAGGAACAGUGUCGGUCUGAUGGACGUGAGCUGUCAGAGUUCAGAGUCACCACACUGAACAUAGGCUCUAUAUCCACGGCGGACGGCUCUGCUCUGGUGAAACUGGGAAACACGACCGUCAUAUGCGGCAUUAAAGCGGAACUCUCCAACCCCACGGUGGAGGCGCCCGGAAAAGGUUACAUGGUUCCAAAUGUGGACCUCCCUCCUCUGUGCUCGUCUCGGUUCCGGCCCGGACCUCCAGGGGAACAGGCUCAGGCGGCCAGUCAGUUCAUAGCAGACAUCAUAGAAAGUUCAGAAAUAAUCAAAACAGAAGAUCUUUGCAUAGAAAGAGGGAAGCUCUGCUGGGUGCUGUACUGUGACCUCCUGUGUCUGGACCACGACGGGAACCUCCUGGACGCCUGUGUUAUUGCUCUUCUGGCCGCUUUACAAAACACACAACUCCCAGAAGUCACCGUCAGUGCUGACACCUCUUUGCCUGAAGUGAAUUUCGAGAAGAAACGAGGGCUCAAGAUUCACAGACAUCCAGUGGCCUCCUCUUUUGGGGUUUUUGACAAAUCCAUUGUGAUCGUGGAUCCAACAGCAGAAGAAGAAAGUCUGUUGACGUCGCAGCUCACUGUGGUCACGGACGAGGAGGAGAGACUCUGCUCCAUGCACAAACCAGGCGGGUCUUCGUUGUCUGGGGAGAAGCUACAGGAGGUGAUCGGCCGAGCGGUGGUGCGACAGAGAGAGGUCCAGAUCCUGAUCGGCAAAGUCCUGCAGAGUGUGAAGACGCCACAAUAA